AUGAGAAAUGGUAUCUCCCGCUAUCAGAAACACCAUUCCCUAGAGGAACGGACUACGGAAGCGCAGUGUCUCACGCGCGCGCGCAGAAGCGGCCCUGGCACAAGCGCCAUCUGUCUCCCAGCCUUGAGGGUCCGCGCGUCGCUCCGACUGGAGAGCAGCCACCACCUAAACCGCCACUUGCCGCUGAGCGAGCCACCUUUUGGGUUGGGCAGCCUCCGGCAACCCAGCUCCAGAAUGUCAUCCCUGGCCAGGGCUGAGGUUUCGCAGCGCCCGGCGAGGACACACCGGCAGCUUGUCGUGGCUCUCGCCUGCCUGCUCCUGAGCUGCCCUGCGCUACAGGGACAGGUACCUCCGCCUGGGACCGAGCCCCAUCCGGCGCUCUACCUUCCAGGAGCCCCAGGAUCACUUGGUCGCAGCAUCCCCGAAGGCUCCGGUGUCCUGAUCGCCAACCCCGGGCUCCGGGUGCGGGUGGGGAGUUCGCUUUGGCUCGAUCCGCUCUGGGACCUGGUGAUUCUGGUACAGCCUGAGGACAAGCGAGAAGUGACGGUGCUGGAUGCCCUGCCGCUGCAACAGGGCUCACUGUCCCCAGGCCACUUUUCCUGCGCCUUUGGGCCCCACCAGAUCCAGUAUACUCACUUUGGCAACCCAGCACACGCCCUAGUGCCGCUGCAGCUGCGCUACGACGCCCUGGCUCACUCGCUGGUGCUGCCCUUCACGCUGGUGGUGGACGUUGUCUUCUCCCGGCUGGAGCUGAUGACGCGCAACAGGCCUUUGGCGGUGGAGAAGCUGCAGGGCUGGAGCCACGCCAUUGACAGAAGAGUGCUGGACUUCGCCUCCCCGGAGUCGGGAGCCGCGGUCUCUCGCAGGUACCGGCUCACCCCUCUUCCACUGGAGGGCGGCCCACUGCCCAAGUAUGGGAGCUUGGUAGACGCAGUGGGGACUCCUCUCCCCAGGGCCAGGGGCAUAGACUGUGAGACUUUCAUCAGGGCUGGUGUGCGCUACUAGCACACGGUAACCACCCCCUCACUCAACUGGGACUAUGCGCCCAUUAUGGCAGAGCUGCUAGGGCCAGAGGAUCCAGGCACUGGGUCAGUGGAGGUGCUGUCCUAGGAUUAUUUCCAGGUGCUGGUGAGGAUCCGCCAGGGAAUCAAGUACACAGCGCCCGGGCCCACCUUCCUGGCCACAAUGAUGAUGGAGGUUGACACCUUAACAGCCCAAACGCCUGACGCCCUGGCCCCUGAGGACAUAGCGUCAGACCCUGAUGACCUGGUUUUCAGCCUUUUUAAUGCCCCCACAGUCUGGCCAGAGUACCUGGAUCAGCAGGGGUAGUACCUGGUCAGCACAGACAAUCCCCUGGGCCUUCCAGUCUUCUCCUUCCCUCAGCUAGAACUGUGGGAGCUGAAACUUGCGUAUCAGCCCCCUACAGAGGAUUUGGAUGAGGAGUUCCUCUUACAGCUGAAGCUGGAGGUGAUGGAUGGAGAUGGUGCCACCUCAGAGCCCUUUGCCUCCGUGGUAGUGAACCCUAUAAACACCCUGGCCCCAGUGGCAACCCAUAACAGGGGACUACUGCUUUUUGAAGGCCAGUCAAGGCCCUUGACUAGCACCCACAGCCUGCAAAUAAGUGACAAGGAUAAGCCAGAAGAGGUCAAAGUGGCUGCUGUCAGGGGCUUAAGACAUGGGCAGGUGGUGCUUGGGGCACCUGCCGGGUGCAACCAUUUCACGCCAAUGGGCCUGGCAGCAGCAGUAGUGUACCUGCACAAUGGCAGCGACACCCACAGUGAUAACAUCAUCUUCCGAAUGGAGGAUGGGCACCACCAGGUGAAAUUCCUCUUCCCCCUCACCAUUAUACCUGUUGAUGAUGAGCCACCAGUAGUCAUUGCCAACACAGAACUAUCACUAACUGAAGGGCAGGUGGUCCAGAUCUCCCCCUUUGUCCUGAGUGCUACAGAUAUUGACUCUGAGGACUCCACCAUCAGCUUUGUGCUGGAGAAUCAGUUUAAAGAGGGAGAAGAGGGAGGAAGAGUUUGGGAGCCGGUCCCUGGUUCUUCCCACUCAAGCCAGCACCUGGUGGAGAUGCUGCUGUGGCAGGCUGACCCACCUCUGUCUCCCAUAGAUGAAGAGUGGCCUUAUGUGGAAAAGAAAGGACUUUAUGAGAAGGUGGUGAUGGAAUGGCUACAGCGAGAUAUAACGGAAGGGAGACUCUUCUAUAGAUAUCUUGCUCCACUAUCUGUAGUGACUCACCUGACUUCCCAUGUGCAAGAUGAUGAUGACCCACUCUAUCUAUCUAACCAGCACUUUUUCACUAUCAGGUUUCAGCCAGUAGACGUGCUGAGUCCAGAGCUGUAUCCUGGAACUAUUCUAGAAAUGAAUGUGCAAGAAUACCAACUCACUCACUUGCAGAAGAAAUUCCUCCGAUACAUUGACUAAGACUCAGAUGAUCAGAACCCGCAGUAUACCCUACUGACACCUCCAACUGAUGCAAAUGAGAAUCACCAAGUCCCAGUUGGAGAAAUUGUGCUCACUGAUGUACCAGACACCCAGGCCCAGGUAAAUCACCAAAAAGUUGCCUACCAGCCUCCCCAGACAAAGCCAGAUAUUGCACUCUGGGUUGUACAAUUCACCUACCAGGUGGAGGAUGCUGCAGGCAAUCGUUUACCAGGAACAUUCAUGUUAUUCCUGUAGCCUUUGAACAGCCAGCCUCAACGAGUCACUAACGGAGGCUUUAUUGCCUCGGAGGGAGGCAGCUUUAUCCUCAGCAGUAAUGAGCUGGAUGUUACAGACCCUGACAUAGGUGAUGACCAGAUCAUCUCCAUGUUAAUCUGGGAUCCCCAACAUGGACACUUGCAGUACUUGAAAAUUACGGUCCCAGGAGACUCUUUUAUGCAAGCUGAUAUUAUUAAUGGAGUCUCUCAUCAGCACGGCAGAGACCAGACUACUAAUGAUACCUUUCAGCUAGAGGUAAGUGACAGGGUAUACCAUGUACCCAUUACUGUCCAGAUUUCUGUGCAUCCCACUGCUGAUGAGAGUUCUAGGAUCUCUAUAACAGGUAAUCCAUUACUGGAUGUUUCCAUAGAUGUACCAGAGAAUAGGGCCACUGAAAUCACCAUGGAUAUAAUCCAUGACAAGAAGGACACAAGUGACUAAAUGCUGACUUUUAUUUUAGAGGACAGCCCCAAACUGGGCACCAUUCUGGUGAAUGGUUUGCCAACAGAAUGAUUCACCCAAGAGGAUCUCAUUAGUGGGGCAGUAGCCUAUACCCACACUGGAGGUGAAGUUGGCUUCCAAAAGCAGCAUGAUGCCUUCAACCUUACCCUCUGUAAGAAUUCUUAUCAACGGGUAGUGGGGAACAGCGUAGAGAAGAAGGUACAAGUACAAGUUACUGGGCUGCCUGUAGACAGUGGCCCCCAGGUCUCAAUGGGGGAGUCCUACAUUGUCUAUGAAGGUGGAAGGAGUCCCUUGACCUUGUAACAUCUCAGCAUUGAAGAUGUGGACACUCCCCAAGAUAAAAUAUUAUGCACAAUUACAGGCCAGUCAGCCUCCAGCUACCUGGAAAACAGUGCACCAGCUCCUGGCUCAGAUGUGUCAAGGAUGGGUAGCUCCAUCAGUGCUUUCUCCAUCAGAUAUGCCCAAGUGAGGCUUAUCAACUAUGUAUAGAGUAUUCACAAGAGGGUAGAGCCACAAGAAGAUCAAUUCAACUUUUAUUGCUCUGAUGGUAUCAACUUCUCCCCCAAUGUCUUCUUCCCUAUAACCAUCUUACCCACCUAUGAUGAACAGCCUAAACUUUUCAUCCUUGAGUUUGUGGUGUUAGAGGGAAUGAGCCUGGUCAUAGACACCCCACUGCUCAAUGGAGCAGAUGCUGACCUGCCACCAAAUGAGCUUCACUUUCAACUCACAGCGCUCCUUUGGCAUGGACGAAUCAUACAGCAGCUGGCCACAGGCAGCCAUCCCAUCUACAGCUUCUCCUUACAGGAGAUCCAGAAGGCCUCCACCACUGUGUAUGAAUAUGAUGACUCAGAGACCACAAAGGACAGUUGUGAAGUCUGGCUGAGCAAUGGCAAGCACAUCACCCACAGGAAGGUACCCAUCACAGUGAUCCUGGUGGAUGAUGAACCUCCUCAACUGGCCAUCAACAAUGGGCUGAAAGUAGAGACUGGACACACUGAGGUCAUCACAAACUGGGUCCUCAAGGCCACUGACCUUGACUUAGAUGAUAAAAGCCUCAGUUUUUCUGGGCAUCAAAAGGGGUUUCUAUAGCAACUGAGAAAACCCAGAGGGGAAGUGAGGAACAACCUCGUUCUGGGAAUGAACUUUACCCAGGAUGAGAUUGAUCGAGUCCUCAAAAGUUACAUCCACACAGGCCAAGAAGGAGUUCUAGACCUUAUUAAGUUUGAUGUGACUGAUGGGGUUAACUCUUUGAUAGAUGGCUACUUCUAUGUCACAAUUGGCAGCUUAGAUGGAAUUUUUGCUGAGGUGGUGAGCAAAGGGAUUCCCUUGAAGGAAGGUGGCAGAGUGACACUCACUACACAUCUGCUUAGCACCAGUGACAUCAACAGCCCCAAUGAACAGCUUCGCUUUAGCAUCACACAGGCUUCUCACCAAGGCCACUUGGAAAGCUCUGACCAUCCAGGGGAAUCCAUUGCCUCUUUCACUCAGCUUCUAUUGCCUGACAACAAAUUCUACAUCCACACUUCAAAUGAUGAGAUAAAGAUGGACAACUUCAAGUUGCACAUGACUGAUGGACAUAACACUGUGUUCAACUUCAGGAUCUUCAUCAUGGAUGUGGAUAAUAAGAAACCUGUCUUGACCAUCCACAAGCUGGUACUGCAGAAAGGUGAUAGCAAACCAAUCACCCCUUUUGAGUUGACAGCUGCCCCAGAUGAUCUUCUACUCUUUACUAUCAUCCAUGUCCCCAUCCAUGGUAGAAUUUUGUAUAAUGGCAGUCAUCCUGUUACCACCUUUACCAAACAGCACCUGAACAAGAACCUGAUCAGCUACUGGAUUGAUGGCAGAGAGACCAAUGAAAACAGUUUCUCCUUGAUUGUGACAGAUGGCAAUCACACUGAGUUCUAUGUCUUCCCUGAUGCUGCCUUGGAGGCACGCAAACCACAGGUAAUGAGGAUCCAGAUAAGCUCCGACAACAAGCUCCCCCAGAUUAUCGUUAACAGAGGUGCCCCAGCCUUAAAGCACCUUCAUGCUGGACACAUGGGCUUUUUGAUUACCAAUAAGUCUCUGAAGGCAGAGAAUCAGGAUACAUUUCACAAGCUCCUGAAAUAUAAAGUGACCAGAGGACCAGAGCAUGGUUUCACUGUCAACACCAGACUUGGAAAGGAGAGCAUGCAAAUGUUUACACAAGCUGAUAUUAAUGAGAUGAGAAUCUGCUACAUCUUAAAAGAGGGCAGCAAUGCAACACAGGACACUUUCUACUUCUCUGUUGAGGACAAUGGAGGAAACAAACUAACAAAUCAACCUUGCCAUCUAAACUGGGCUUGGAUUUCUUUGGAGAACAGCUACUACAUUGUGGAUGAAGACUCCACAUUCCUGGAAGUGACCCUCACACGCAGAGGAUACCUUGCAGAAACACCUUUUAUCACCAUUGGAACCAAAGAUGAAACUGCAAAAAAAGAUAAAAAUUUUAAAGGAAAGGCCCAGCAAUUGGUCUAGUUCAAUCCUGGACAGACUACAGCCACAUGGAGGGUGAGAAUUAUAUCUGACAAUGAAUACGAGGCUUGAGAGACCUUCCAGAUCAUUCUGUCAGACCCUGUCAUGGCUGCAUUGGAGUUUCCAGAAAUGGCAACAGUUGAAAUUGUAGACCCUGGAGAUGAAUCAAUAGUUUAUAUUCCAGAAGCAGGAUACAAAAUAGAGCAGGAUAUUGGAGAGAUUUUUACACCUUUGAGAUGGCCUGGAGAUGCCAGCCAGGAACUAAUGGUCCUUUGCUCUACACAGCAAGGUUCAGCCAAAGGCACAGUUCCCUCCACAGUCUUGCCUUUCUCUGACUACAUCUCACAUCCAGAAGGGCACAGCAGCAUCCUCCGCUUUGACAAGGAUGAGGCUAAGAAGACCUGCCGGGUCGUGGUCAUUGACCUUAAUGAAGAUGAGGAAUACUUCAGCAUCUUGCUGAGCCUGCCAGUGGGAGGGUGAGUUGGAGCCAAAUUCCCCACGACCAAUGUGAUUAUACUGGUGGAUUGUGAGGAUGAGCCUACCCUGCACUUGGAGGAUGCUGUGUAUCACGUCGAUGAAAGUACUGGCUACCUGGAGGUUUGCAUCUGGAGGAAAGGUCCUGACCUUUCCCAAGCAGCCUCCGUCAUUGGACGCUCCAGGAGGACUGAGCCAGACUCAGCAGAAGCCGGAAGAGAUUACGUUGGCAUCAACAGAAAUCCGGACUUUGCUCCUGGGAUACACAUGCAAAUAUUCCGUGUGACGAUCCACGAUGACAUAGGACAGCCCAUCCAGGAGGGUUCGGAGAAGUUCGAAUUACUUCUCCAGAUGCAUGUGGGUGCGGUGCUUGGAGAACCAAAUAUCACCAUAUGCAUCAAGGAUGCCACCAUUGACUGCAAGCAGAGUGCGUACAGUUUCUUUGAUUGAAAGGCUUUAAAGAACAAAAACAGCCAAAACAAAGUUCCUAACAAUAGAAGGAAACUCUAUUGUUUCUAGAUCUUAGUAACUCUGGGAUAUUAAUGAUAUUUUACUGUCAUUUGGAGUUAUAUUCCCAUGAUAUGUACACAUGUAAUUUGUGUGACUACAUAUGCAUACAUAUAUGUGGGGCUGAGCCCACAAAGGAUUACAUGGUGUUCUUGCUAUCCUUUUUCUAUUCUCUUUAAUCUUGUUUCUAAGUCCAGAGAAACCCACUGUCAUCAAUUAAAUCUAUAGUUAAGAACAAAAGGUUCGGUCCCUUUUUACUGAAU